UCUCUCUCCCUCCCUCCCUCUCUCUCUCUCUCUCUCUCUCUCUCUCGCUCCGGGACCCGAACUUGUUUCAGGAAAAAGCGCCUGAACAUAUUUGUUCUGUCUCGCUGCGCUGGAAGAAGCAGGACGGCGGUGUCCGUGCCAAGGAGAAGGCGUAAACUUCCUCCAAACAUUUCCUGCGCCAUCUCCGCGCUUUUCGAGACUCCAAAAAAAAAAAGAAAAAAGAAAAGUUUUGCGGAAUCUUUCGUAACGAGAGGAGUCUUGUUUUUUAAAACAAAAAUCUUAUUUAGUUUUUUUUUUUUUUUUUCUCCCACCACCUGGUUGCUUCUUUUCUCUGGAGGAAAAGAUUCCGGCGUUUUUUUUUUCUGGUUUUUUUUUUUUUGGUGUUGCCCCUCAAACGUGUUUUCUGCAGACAUGGACUGGGGAACAGACCUGUGGGACCAGUAUGAUCACAUCGACAAGCACACGCAGUCGGGCAUCGACCUGGUGGAUCGCUACAUAAAGUUUGUGAAGGAGCGGACGGAGAUAGAGCAGAGCUACGCCAAGCAACUCAGGAGUCUAUCAAAGAAAUAUGCCAAACGAGGGAGCAAAGAAGAGCAAGACUGCAGAUUCAGCAAUCACGCGUCACUCCAGGAGAUCCUGAACGAGCUGAACGAUUACGCCGGCCAACGGGAGCUCAUCGCUGAGAACAUGAUGACCGGCAUCUGUGUGGAGCUCACCAAGUACCUCCAGGACAUCAAACUGGAACGCAAAACCCACCUAUCUGAUGCCAAGAAGGCCCAGCAGUUUUUAGAGGGCAGCUUCAAAAACCUAGAAAGUACUAAGAAGCGCUAUGCCAAGGAAUGGGCCGAGGCUGAAAAAGCCAUCCAACAAUCAGAGAAAACAGAGAGUGACCUCAAUGCCACCAGGCUCGAUGUCGAGAAGGCCAAGCAACAUGCCCACGCACGCACACACACAGCGGAGGAGUGCAGGAACGACUAUGCAGCGCAGCUCCAGAAAUACAACAAGGAACAAAACUUCUACUACUACUCGGAGAUACCGCAGAUCUUCAACAAGAUGCAGGACAUGGAUGAGCGGAGGAUUCGGCGGCUGGCGGAGGGCUACUGUCAGUUUUCAGACUUCGAGAAGAAGGUGCUGCCCAUCAUCACCAAGUGUUUAGAAGGGAUUUAUGCUGCAGGAGGGAAAAUUAAUGAGAAACAGGACUCGAUGCUGUUCAUAGAGCAGCACAAGUCUGGCUUUGAGCGACCUGCAGACUUAGAGUUUGAAGACUACACCCAGGGAAUCAAACCAGCAACCUCUGACUCCAGCCUCAACCCCCCCAAAGUGCGCGCCAAGCUCUGGCCUUUCAGCAAGAAGCACAAGAUAUCGCAUGCUGAAAAGCACACGCCGCCUGCCGCAGAAGAUUUCUCUCACCUUCCUCCGGAGCAGAGGAAGAAGAGGCUCCAGGCAAAGAUUGACGACAUCACCAAAGACCUGCAGAAGACGCAGGACCAAAGCGAGGCGCUGGAGAAGAUGAAGGGGGUGUACGAGCACAACCCACAGAUGGGAGACCCCACCAGUCUGGAGCCUCAGAUCUCAGAAACCGCCCAGAACAUCGGCCGCCUGAGGGGGGAGCUCGCCAAAUAUGAGACGUGGCUGGCGGAGGCGGUGGGAGGAGAGGAAUCUUCCAAUGCCAUCAACAAUAAUACUCAACACGGCGUCCUCGCGGCUGACCAGUCCCAGAGCUUCUACUCAGAGUUCGAUGACGAGUUUGAAGAAGUAGAAUCUCCUGUUGGCCACUGCACGGCGCUGUACACCUUCGAAGGCAAUAGCGAGGGCACCAUUUCCAUUACGGAGGGAGAGCUGUUGAGCAUCAUGGAGGACGAUAAAGGAGACGGGUGGAUGAGAGUCCUUAGAGCUGGCGGAGACGAGGGCUAUAUACCUUCAUCCUAUGUCAAACUUGGCCCAUAACGCGCGCGCGCGCGCGCGCACACACACACACACACACACACACACACACACACACACACACACACACACACACACACACACACACACACACACACACACACACACACACACACACACACACACACACACACACACACAGAGCUUGCGAUGGAAAGGUAAGCCAAGAGCCAAAGUAUAUACAAAAGUCGUCCACAAUAAUUUGGAGCUCCGAUGAUCUUUUCCCUCGGCCAGCGAGAUGAAAGCUCCUCCUCCUCCUGCGCUCCCCGUCUCUCUAAACGCAGAUCGUCUUCGUGGAUUUCAGCUCUUUUUUUUUAAAAAUCCAAACUCGUGAAUGUAUCCCUGAACCUUGUUAAGUGACGACUAGCGUAACAUAUUCAGCACCGUAGUAGCCUAAGCGUUGCAUAUCUUUACGUUGAUAUAUCCACUCACUUGACUUCCUCCCCCACUGCCCUCUCAAUAACCUGCUGAACCUUUUCUUUCUGUAACACCGGCCCUCUGCUAAAGCGGCUUUCCUUAAUGUGAGUUUUUUUUCUUUUCUUCUUUUUUAUCAUAGUGAUGUUUUUUAUGACUUAUAACUGGAUGAAAACCACUACUCUUAACAUCUCACCACGGAGUGUCUGUAAAGGACCGGUUUCAAUGUUUGUUUUACGUCCGUCUUCUAACAAGUCAUGUGACCAUAUGAACAUUGAAAUACAUUAUUGGCUGGUGCAAUCAUUCGUCUGGUAUCUUCCAAAAUCCCCCCACUAAACACCCAAGAGGAA